UUGACAUGGCUUAGGAAUCUGAAAGAAUGUAUACAACUGACUGACGAAAACAGUAUGCAGAGGUACGUCAAGUGCCACAUUAUGUUGUUAUUGGGUACUAUCUUACUUGGAGACAAGUCAGGGGCAUCUGUGCACUGGAAGUUUCUACCUUUGCUCCGGGAUUUUCAUAGUAUCAGUCAUUUUAGUUGGGGAUCGGCAUGUUUGGCGCACCUAUACAGGUCCUUAUGCCGGGCAUCUCGUUUUGAUUGUAAAGAAAUCGAUGGUCCGUUAACACUUCUGCUAGCUUGGUUUUGGAUCCGCCUACCCUAUCUUGCGCCCCCUACUAGGGAACCCCGCAGUUUUCCGCUUGCAAACAGGUGGCGUAACUGGGAGCGUGGUGACAAUCGGUAUAGAUAUCUUAGCCUCGCCCACUUUAGAAAGGCAUUAGAUGAGGUUCAGGAAGGGCAGUUCGUGUGGGUUGCUUAUGGUGUGGAUCGCAUUGAUCCGGGCAUAAUCCCAGAAGACAUCCUCAUGCACGCAGUAGUGUGGAGUGCUACGGUUCCGUUGAUUUCAUUCGAAUCUAUUGAGUGGCAUGCAACGGAUAGAAUUAGAAGACAGUUUGGUUUUGUUCAGGGAGUUCCACAUCAAGAAUGGAAUCCGGGAAGGGCACACGGAGAAACACUGGCUGGUCCUAAGAAUCUUGACUGGGCCACAGCCCCGUCCCAUUCAUGUUGGAUUAUGCACUGGACAAACAGGUAUAAUAACGUUCUGACUGAGUAUCUGGAACCUUCACAACAUCCGUUGGAUGCUUACAUGCACUGGUAUCGUAGAGAAUAUGGCAACCAUUUGAACUUGUCAAAUGUUGUGGUUCAAGAGAACGAUGUAGGUGAAUAAGUUAUGGAUGAUGAGGGUAACCCAGUUA